AUGGAGGAUCUCAGUAUUUUGAAGAAGCAGGAGCGCCAGUUGAGGGCCUCCAUUAAAGGUGUUGCCAACUUUGUACGGGAUUCCAAACCAGAGCUGCAAGAAUCCCAGAUCGAAGUCAGAUUAAGUCUGCUUGAGUCAGUUAUAAAGAAGUUCUACCUGGUAAGGCAGAAAAUUGAAGUAUUAUUGGACGCUGCAGACAGUGAAGGAGAAAAAGAGGAUGCCAAGGAGUCAGAGGGAGCAAGAAAACGCAGGCUGCAGAGGCAGAUUGAGGAACGUGAAGCAAAAUUCGAGGAAGAAACGCUGCAGUUUGAAGAGCAAUAUUUCACCGUGAAAGCUGCACUCCUUGCGUUACGUCCGAGGAAUGUUGAGGUCUUAAGUGCGUCUGGGUCUGCAGAACGAGCUGAUAUCAUAUCCCGUGUCAAGCUUCCGGACAUCAAGCUGCCAGUUUUCGACGGAAAACUUCGAGAUUGGAUUCCGUUCCGGGAUAUGUUUGACAGCUUGAUCCACAACAACCAUCAGCUCUCCGAUAUCGAUAAGUUUACUUAUCUGCGGUCAGCGAUAAGCGGAGAAGUGCUCCAGGAGAUCAGCUCCAUUGAACUGUCUGCUGAUAACUACCAGGUAGCCUGCGACAUGUUGGAAAAGAGGUACGAGAAGAAAAAGUUGAUCGUGAAAGCGUAUUUGGACCCGCUGUUUGGAAUCGAGCCUCUGAAAAAGGAAAGCGGUGAAGCUCUGAACCGCCUUGUUAGUGAUUUUGAUCGCAACAUACAGAUGCUGGGCAAGAUAGGCGAGGACACAGAGAAGUGGUCGACAAUUCUGGCAUACAUGGUUUGCGCUCGCCUAGAUUCGGUUACCCUUCGUCAGUGGGAGAGCCAUCACAACUCUAAGGACGUGCCGACAUACCAGAAAGUGAUGGACUUCAUGAGAGAUCAAGCGUUGGUUCUCCAAUCGAUAACGCCGAAUAGAACUGAAGACAUCGAAAGUCGUCGCUAUCGUACAACAGUUCACACCACAUCGAGAAUCCAGAACAACUGUGUGUUCUGUGGUAAUUCGUUCCAUCCAGCAUCUACGUGCAGCAAGUUCAGAGCGAUGUCGGUGCCCCAGCGCUUCGGAGUAGUCAAGAUGAAGCGGCUCUGCAUCAAUUGUUUGGGUUCUGGUCAUUUUAUCGAUCGUUGUAGCAGAGGUCCAUGUCAAGCAACGAAUCUGAUGUGGCGUCUGUGCAUCAGUAUCGCACCCGGGAGACGCAGGAGGAAGCUUUUGCACUACCAAGGAGAUGAUGUAUCUUCCUCGCAAAUGGUAAUGUAUAUGAUGAUCAUCAUCCAGCAUCCGCGCUGCCCUAACGGAUCUUCUCCAGCCAAGAUAAUCCUUUCGGACAGUCUUUUGCGCCAAAACUCCGGAUAA